GUGGUGGGGAGGAGGCAACUUGGAAAUUCCGACGGGCGAGCUGCGAGUUUGAACGCCGCAUCAGCUGUCGCUGUGCAGUUGAGGCGUUUUUUUUCUCCCUUUUCUUCCCCUCACUGUGCAAUCGACCGCUAGACAUGGAUGUGUUCCUAAUGAUCCGGCGUCACAAGACGACCAUCUUCACCGACGCCAAAGAGUCCACCUCGGUAUACGAGCUGAAGCGUAUUGUGGAAGGCAUCCUCAAGCGGCCACCAGAGGACCAAAGGCUCUACAAGGACGACACGGAGCUGGACGACACUCAGACGCUCGGAAACUGUGGCUUCACCAACCAGACGGCGCGGCCUCAGUCCCCCGGCACCGUGGGCUUAGCUUUCCGGCUCAGCGAUGAUUCAUUUGAGCAGCUGAGGAUGGAGCCCUUCUCCACCCCCCCUGAGCUCCCGGACGUCAUGAAGCCGCAGGACUCGGGCAGCACAGCCAAUGAGCAAACCGUUCAGUGAGGGAGGGGGGCACGCAGGAAAUCCACAGGCGGGGGUGAGGGGGGGGGGGGGGGGAAUUUGAGGAAGUGGACGGACGACGAGAUCUUCAACUGGACAGAAGCAAAAAGAUCGGCUUGUUGUUUUUGUUGUAUGAGCGAGCGAGCGAGCGGUGCGUUUGUGUGCAUGCUAGAAAACGUUGUCACAGCCCCGACUGGUCGCAACACUGCUCAACACCAAGCAAGCAUUGUACCUCCUAUUUAAUGAUUCUUUCUGUUGGAGCUGUCGUUAAGCUGCCUUACUUCACUGUGAGCGUGUGCUUUGUUUAUUUUUUGGGUUACUUUAGUGGCUUCAAUGACAGCGUCGAGCAGGAGAGACCUUUUUACGCUUUUAUGUUUGUAUUGAUUCAACUAUUAGGGAUUCACCCCUUUCUUUGGCACAAAUUUUUAUCCCAUUUAAUCAGCAGGCUGGAGAUAUUUAGACGAAAGAAAUGUACACUUGUUGCCCCCCCCCCCCCGUUUGAGCCCCA